AGCAUGUGGGCGCUGCGGGCCGCCGGGCUGCUCUGCCUGCUGCGGGCCGCCGCGGAGGGGCUCUGCCCGCGGCCAGCCCUCCCGCCUGACAUGGUGCUGAGCACCGUGGGAGCAAAUGUCACCCUGCCCUGCCUGCAGUGGCAGCCAGAUGCAAAUGGCACCAUCAGCUGGAAGGUGGAGAACAAGGCUUUGAGUUCGGAACACGCGGUGCUGGGGCCCAGCCUGCUUCUGCGCCUGGUGCAGUACAAUGACUCAGGCAGGUACAGCUGCUAUGUGGGCGGCUGCCUGGUGCACUCGCUGCGGCUGCUGGUGGAAGCGCCCCCGGAGCCGCCCAGCUUCUCCUGCUACCGCAGGAGCCAUGUCAAGGACAUCCUGUGCGAGUGGCAGCCGCAGCGGAGGCCGUCGCCCCGGACCAGGGCCGUGCUGUGGGUGAAGAAGUGGCUCUCGGGGAAGAACGCCACGGAGCAGCGCUGCCGCUACUUCCCCAAGGUGGAGAAAUUCACGUGCAGGGUCACGGUGCCACCCAGCGAAGACGACACCUUCCUGCUGGUGUCCGUGUGUGUCAGCAAUGGGGCAGGGAGCACGGUCAGCAAGGACCAGGUCAUCUCAGCCAACCGCGUCUUGAAGCCGGACCCCCCGGUGAAUGUGCUGGUGGAACCGGUGAAGAGUGUGCCCCAGAAACUGCGUGUGAACUGGACAUAUCCUCCCUCCUGGGACCCCAAGUUCUACCGGCUGCACUUCCAGGUCCGGUACCGGGCUGAGCGCUCCCAGAGCUACACGGAGAUCGACCAGUUAAGAGAAACGUCCCUGGUGAUCCAUGAUGCCUGGCACGGCGCACGGCACAUGGUGCAGGUGCGGGGGCUGGAGGAGUUUGGCCAUGGCUCAUGGAGCGAGUGGAGCCAGGAGGCCAUGGGGACCCCGUGGGCAGAUCCCAUCAGCCUCGAGUGGCAGACAGGAUCCUACAGCUCGCAGUUCCCCUCGGAUUAUGAUUUCUACACUGUCACAUUCACGUUCCCCCCCAGGCUCUAUGGCACAGAAGGCACUAACGAGGGGGGGCUUGGUGUCGGCGACCACUCCACCGUGCCCCUGUACACGUUCCUGGUCACCGGAGGAAGCCUGUUACUGGGCACUGGCCUGCUCGCUGGCAUCGUGCUCAGGUACAAGAAGAAAUGGAGGAGGGGCUCCCUGGGCCAGGGCAAGGCCAGCACCGUGGUCCAGCACCCCUUGGUGCCGCUGGCUCCUCCGACCCCUACGUCCCCGCUGAGCGAGGCCCCACUCCUCUCCCCUCCGGCGUCACCAGGCAACAUCAGCUCCACGGGCACCCCUGGCAGUGGGGAUUUCAGCCCCUUCGAUGUCACCAACAUGGAUUAUCUCCUGGUCCCCCAAUAGCCAGGGAAUCAGCGUCUCCAACCUGUGAUGCACCGACCGCCCCAGCAGGCGCCACGGCAGGGCCCCAACCUUGUGGCUCAGCUACAAAUAGCCCGGCCCUUAACAAUAGCGCUCCCUGUGCCCCAGUGGGCUGGGCAGCUCGGGCUCCCCGCAGCUGGUGGGUCCAGGGCCUCUACUCCCUGGGAGAUGGACCCGCGCCCGCCGGCAGUGAUGCCCUGAUCUGCACCCAGGCACCCCGAGCCAGCGUUUCCCAGUGGGGUUUGGCUGGUCCUUGCCUGUGGGUGGGGCCUGCGCCCCGGGAGUGAUGCAGCGCGGAGGGCGUCUGAUGGGCUUACUUCACGUGGAAAGGGCUGGCGGGGCCCCAGUUCGGGGAGGGGCAUUAGCUGGGCAUUCAGGGCACUGCCCCUUGGCCAUGCGAUUCCCAGGGGAAGUCAGCUGCAGGGCUGGGCCAAGGGCCAGCAGCACCCUGGACUCCAGGCCGACAGCAGAGCUGGGUGGGUGCAGCCACCCCGUCCGAGGGAGCAGGGGCACCCGAGCUGUGGGGUAACUCAGGGCUCUCCCCGGCAGUAGUGGGCCACGGAUGGCACUGAGCACUUAGUGCUGCUGUGGCUCCAGCACACUGCCCCCUGCCCCUUGUACGGAGCUGGAGGUGCCAGGCAGCCGUAGAACGAGAGACUCUGGCGCAGGGAGCUCCCCAUCUGUCUGGAUGGGGGGGGGCCCAUGGACAGUGGCUCAGCAUGGGGGCAGGAUGCGCCCAAGCUCACCCAGGGCUCCUGCUGCCCAGCCCAGUGCCCUCCCCACCGGGCCUCACCCCCUCCCUGCAGCUGCUUGUGUGUGGCCGUAACAAAUGCUCGUUUGUUGGGCAUGACAGGCCUCCCCCCCCCAGCCCCCGGGGCAGCGCUGAGGGUUGGAUUCUCCCCCCUAGAAUCAAACUGGUGUUUGUGAAGAAUGUUUUGUACAGGAAGAGCCGUGUGUUGGCAACCGUGUGUCCAAUAAAUGUUUGUUUUUUUU